AUGUCCGAUAGCGAGAGAGAUCUUACAAUAGAAGAUACCAAUGUCUCAGACACAGAAUUAUCGAAAGAAGAAAGAUUGGAAGCAGCACGUAAAAAGUUUGAAGAAUUGAAAAAGAAAAAUAAGAAAAAGAAAUCCAAGAAAUCAAAAAAGAGUGAAACUGCUGAGAUUGAAGAAAGUGCUGAAGGAACACCCGUACCAGAAGACAAAACAGAAGAUAAAAAAGACGACGAGGAUAUUGAAAAUGCCAAGGAAACAAAAGAGGAAAUUGCCGAAGAACUGCAGACAGAAAAGGAAGAUCAACUGAAGGUCUCCAAAGAAGCUAUUUCAGAGUCAUUGUCUCUGACAUCUGAACUUGAAAAGCAAAUUGAAGAGUUGAAACAAACAGUAGAUCAACAAAAGUCAACCAUUAAAAAAUUGCGUGAUGAAAACACUGAUUUGAAACUUUCAAAAAUGGACUUGAACGAUAAAAUACUGUCGUUGGAGCAGGAAAAUAAAGGUUUGAAAGCUUUAGCGUCUUCAGCAUCUUCUGUGCCCGGUGCAUCACCGAUAGUCACCUACAAGGAAACAUUUAAACCAGCAAAGCCGGUUUUUACAAAAAACGAUUAUGCCUCGUCUUCACAACAAAGCUUCAGCAAAUCCAAUGCAACUGAAGAUUUCAGAGAGAAAUUAAUGGUUUGGAAGAGUUGGCAGGUGGACAUGACCAAUUGGAAUGGAAGCGGGACCACCCAAAAGGUUGCCUUAUAA